AUGGAGGACUUGGAACCCCAGCGCAAGCGGGCUCGCUCAGACCAGGCGACUACAGGAACCAGUGGCUCCCAGGCGGAAGAUGAGUUCGAUGAGGACUCCGUGCCCUCCGUGCCCUUGUGGCAGCGCCGGAAACUGCUGCUCCAGAAGCUGCUGCAGCAACGGCGAAAGCGGGCAACGAAAGAGAAUGGAGGCGGCGAGCCCCGUGGAGAUGAGGAUGACAUCGCACUUGGCUCUCGGUCCAACCUCAGCCUCCUGGAUCAGCACCAGCAGCUCAGAGAGAAGUCCGAAGCCCGCAAAGAUUCCGCCGAGGAGAAGCAGCUCAAGAAAGAAGAGAUCCUGGAGAGGGUGGCCGAGGCCCGAGCCUUGAUGUCUGUGAAGGAGAUGGCCAAGGGAAUCACAUAUGACGACCCCAUCAAAACCAGUUGGACGCCCCCCAGUUACAUCCUUACCAUGUCUGAAGAGCGGCACACGCGUGUUCGGAAAAAGUACCACAUCCUGGUGGAGGGAGAUAGUAUUCCACCACCCAUCAAAGGCUUCAAGGAAAUGAAAUUCCCUGCAGCCAUACUGAGCGGCCUGAAGAAGAAAGGCAUCCAUCACCCCAUGCCCAUUCAGCUCCAGGGCCUGCCCACCGUUCUGUCCGGCAGGGACCUGAUUGGUAUCGCCUUCACCGGGUCUGGCAAGACGUUGGUGUUCACGUUGCCAGUCAUCAUGUUCUGCCUGGAACAAGAGAAGCGACUGCCGUUCUCCAAACGUGAGGGGCCCUACGGACUCAUCAUCUGCCCCGCGCGGGAACUGGCUCAGCAAACCUACAGCAUCCUGGAGUCCUACCGCCGCCUGCUGCAGGAGGACGGCUCGCCGCGGCUGCGCUGCGCUCUCUGCAUCGGGGGAGCGUCUGUCAAAGAGCAGACGGAGACCAUCCGCCAGGGCGUGCACAUUUUGGUGGCCACCCCUGGGCGCCUCAUGGAUCUGCUGCAGAAGAAGCUGGUCAGCCUGGACAUCUGCCGCUACCUGGCCCUGGACGAGGCCGACCGCAUGAUCAACAUGGGCUUCGAGGGCGACAUCCGCACCAUCUUUUCCUACUUCAAGGGACAGCGGCAGACUCUGCUCUUCAGCGCCACCAUGCCGAAGAAGAUUCAGGACUUUGCCAAAACCGCCCUAGUCAAGCCCGUCACCAUCAACGUGGGCCGUGCCGGGGCCGCCAGCCUGGACGUCAUCCAGGAGGUGGAAUACGUGAAGGAAGAGGCCAAGAUGGUGUACCUGCUGGAGUGCCUGCAGAAGACGCCGCUGCCCGUACUCAUCUUUGCGCAGAAGAAGGCAGAUGUGGACGCCAUCCACGAGUACCUGCUGCUUAAGUGGGUGGAAGCUGUGGGCAUCCAUGGGGGCAGAGACCAGCAGCAGAGGACAAAUGCCAUUGAGGCAUUCCAGGAGGACAAGAAGGAUGUCCUCGUGGCCACAGAUGUGGCUUCCAAGGGUCUGGACUUCCCUGCCAUCCAGCACGUCAUCAAUUAUGAUAUGCCUGAGGAUAUUGAGAACUACAUACACCGUAUCGGCCGCACCGGGCGCUCAGGGCACAUUGGCAUCGCCACCACCUUCAUCAACAAGACCUGUGAGGAGUCGGUGCUGCUGGACCUCAAAGCCCUAAUGCUGGAGGCAAAGCAGAAGGUGCCACCCAUGCUGCAAAUGCUGCACUGUGGGGACAAGUCCAUGCUGGAUAUCCGAGGAGAACGUGGCUGUGCCUUCUGCGGGGGCCUGGGCCACCGUAUCACUGUCUGCCCCAAACUCCAGGCUAUGCAGAUCAAGCAAGUCAGCAACAUUGGUCACAAGGACUACCUGGCUUACAGCUCCAUGGACUUCUGA